AUGGGCUCAUGCAAAGCUGGUCUGGCUGCUGAUGGCAUGCACACUGUGCCGAGCAGGGUGUUCUUUGGCAUGGGGGUUUACACACUUUGCAAGGUAUUUUUUAUGGCAGGAAUUCCCAUCCAUAUUUCGAUACAAGACUUUUGCCAAAGUCCAUCUCGAGUGGCCCGACUCUGUCUGGCACUAUGGGAAUAUACAAGAAAGUCCCAUGAUAAUCUGUGGCUGGAUAUUUUGAAGCCUGCAUUGGUGGAUAACAUCUUGGCACCCACCAGAAGGCAGAGGGAGCAAUAUGGCCACUGGCUGAUGGUGUAUGGGAAGACAAGGACUCUUGUACCCCGUCGCAUGGCAAAGUUGAUUGUCAAGCAUGAAGCAAAUGAUGUAAACGGGAAGGGUGAUAUCUUCGAGCCUGGAUAUCUCAAUAUUGCCCUUCAGGAGCACCCCUAUCUGGGGUAUCUUGUUUUUGGAGAGAGUGCAUGGACUCACCUUGGUGGGUCAGUGGGUGGGGGUGAUCCCUUGUCUUCUCUUUUCAAUAAGCACAAUAUGCUUGAUGCAAAAUCCCAUAUCAACCCAGAGUACUACGACAGCAUUGUCCCAUACAACGUCAUGGACAAGACUCGGCCACAAAAGCAGACCUACUUGUACUAUCAAGCAUAUAAGACUGGCAGGAAGCAGCUCUGGAUGAUAGCCAAGAUUCCUUCCUCUCAUGUGGAGUCCUUCAAUCUCAAUACUGGGGUGGAACGAAAGACCCAUCUCUUUUCCAAGAUUGUCAAGAAGUCUGCAAGUGUUGCUAUUGGGCCUUUAGAGUAUUGCGGAAAUGGCCACAUCAUAAUGACAACACAUCAGAAGAAGAGAGUAUUUGUUGUACAAGGUGACCCCUCACUAUUGAACACCAAUUUCAAGAGAUACAUCCAAGGUAUCUAUCGGUGUCAUAGACCAGUCCUCACGCCCCCUUAG